AGGGACCAGGGGACUUCCAGGGUUUCGAGGUGCUUCAGGGUUUCCAGGGUUUCCAGGGCCCAAAGGAGUAGCUGGAUCUCAGGGACCUGAAGGAGAGGAAGGGCAACUUGGUCCCCCUGGUCAAAAUGGCACAGAAGGUGCAAAGGGCAGUCGGGGUCCAGAUGGUGCAAAAGGAAGGCCAGGACAACGAGGAAAGCGGGGCCGGAUGGGCCAGCAUGGGCUUGUUGGAAUGCCAGGACCCCCAGGCUUACGAGGUGUUCCUGGGAUUGAUGGUCCAGAAGGAAAGCCUGGGUGUUGUUGGUGCCAUGGGGAGCUCUGAUCAACACGGCCUGACUGGCUUUGUGGGCUUUCAAGGUGACAGGGGACAUGAUGGACCUCCUGGAUCAAUGGGCUGUCCUGGCAAAACAGGGGUCAAUGGAGAACCAGGUUCACCAGGACUGAGGGGCCUUCCUGGCAAACCUGGUCUAGAGGGGCUACAAGGGAUUGUUGGCAUCAACGGCUAUCCAGGAUCAUUUGGCGACAGAGGAAAGCCUGGUCCCAGGGGCAAAAAGGGAGAGCCUGGAAUCCGAGGCUCCACUGGAUUUCCAGGCGAAUCUGGUUCCAAAGGUCCACCAGGGCCACCUGGCAUGAAAGGCCUUCCUGGCCCACAGGGCAGAAUGGGAGAUGUGGGCCCCAGGGGAUUUCCUGGAACCUUGGGACUUCCUGGCAUACAUGGACAAAAUGGCAUCCCAGGAAAGCAAGGACCAGCAGGAGAGGUGGGGUCCAUUGGUCCAGUGGGAGUGACUGGUCCAUCAGGGUACCCGGGAACAGAUGGGCCAACAGGUCUAGUGGGGCCCAUUGGAGAGAAAGGAGAAAAGGGUGCCUCUGGAGGCCUUGGUGCAGCUGGUGUCAGUGGGCUGGAUGGAGAACAGGGUGUCCCAGGCUUACCUGGAGUGGAAGGUCAACCUGGGUUAAAGGGGGAACAGGGUAAUAGAGGAGCCCCGGGGGUUCCAGGAGUUCAAGGUGGCAUUGGAGAGACCGGAGAGAAGGGCCCAGAAGGGCAGCCUGGUGGAUAUGGAGAGCUAGGGAAAGAGGGUGACGAUGGGGACCCUGGAGAUCCGGGGGAUCCGGGACCAAAGGGGAAAAAGGGCAGCAAUGGCAGCAGAGGACCUUCAGGGCUGCCUGGGCCACGUGGCACUAUGGGGCCAGUUGGUGGAAAAGGUCGCAGAGGAGAAAAGGGACAAGAAGGUUUCUUGGCAAGUACACUAACAGCAUUCCAACUAAUGAUGCAGGGAUGGAGACUACAACACCCAUCAGCCCCUGCAAACCUGGCUGAACAGUCAUAGACAAAAGGAGAGGGAGUUGAUACCCACAAGUCCCACUGCUGUGCCGGGAUUUCUCUAGUUUGUGAACCUGGACCUACAGAAUCAGAAAUGUAUUUAUUUGUUUACAGAUUUCUAGGCCACCCUCCAUUCUGAUGAAUUCCAGAGCACCAUACAAUAUUUCUUUACCAAAAGAAAUUUAAAAAAAGAAACAGGAGCAAAACAUUCCAGCAAUAUAACAACAUCCUUUGUAACAA